AUAAAAAAUGGACACAACCAAAGAAGUUAAAAAAGGAGAAGAAGAAACUAAGAAGGCCAAGGCUAGAAUUACAUUAACAUGCAAAAAUUUAAAGUCUGUAGAAAAAGCCUCAAAUGAAAUUAUUACAAGAGGAAAAAAAAUCGAAAACGUGGAAGUUAGAGGACCUGUUAGAAUGCCAACUAAAAUUUUAGUUCAUACAGUAAGAAAAUCACCUUGUGGUGAAGGUUCCAAAACUUGGGAAAGAUAUGAAAUGAGAAUAUAUAAACGCGUUAUUGAUUUAACAUGCUUAGUUUCAGAUAUUAAGAACAUUACUAAUUUUAGAAUUGAUCCUGGUGUUGAAAUUGAAUUAACAAUAACUUCUGACGAAUGAAGAAAACAAAAUUAAAUAUAAUUAUUUUUAUUUUUAUGUAAUUAUUUUUUAUUUAAUUUUUUUCUUUUUUUUUUUUGAUAUUUUUUUUUUUCUACAAUUAAAUAAUGCUAUUUUGGAAAUUUUAGUAAACUUUAUAGUAAAUUCUUUGCUCAUUAUUUUAUUGUAGUAAAAGUUAAAAAAUUUCAAAAAAAAAAGAAAAUCAAAUUAAAUUUUUAUUUAAACAAAGAGCAAAAUAUUUUUU